CGCGCUCGGCCAUGUCGAUGCUGCCGUCGUUUGGCUUCACGCAGGAGCAGGUCGCCUGCGUCUGCGAGGUGCUGCAGCAAGGGGGGAACCUGGAGAGGUUGGGCCGGUUCCUCUGGUCGCUGCCGGCCUGCGACCACCUGCACAAGAACGAGAGCGUCCUGAAGGCCAAGGCGGUGGUGGCCUUCCACCGCGGCAACUUCCGCGAGCUCUACAAGAUCCUGGAGAGCCACCAGUUCUCCCCCCACAACCACCCCAAGCUGCAGCAGCUCUGGCUGAAGGCUCACUACGUGGAAGCCGAGAAACUGCGGGGCAGACCCUUGGGCGCCGUCGGCAAAUACCGCGUCCGCCGAAAAUUCCCUUUGCCCCGCACCAUCUGGGACGGCGAGGAAACCAGUUACUGCUUCAAGGAGAAAUCCCGGGGCGUGCUGCGGGAAUGGUACGCCCACAACCCCUACCCGUCCCCCCGGGAGAAGCGGGAGCUGGCGGAAGCCACCGGGCUCACCACCACCCAGGUCAGCAACUGGUUCAAGAACCGGAGGCAGCGGGAAAGGUUUCAGGCGGUAGAGAAUCGGGACCAGUAUCUUCAAAGGAUUCUCAGCCAGAAUAAAGCAGCUAGUCCUCCACACCACAGCUUGUGCAAUCUCGCUCUGCUGCAAGAAUCAUUCCCUGCAGGGCGCCUGGGACUGCUGGUUUGGCAGCAUUGCAUGCUCCCGUCUUCAGAGAAAAUGUGCCUUCCUAUCGUCCCGUAUCUAGCAAUGGAAUCAGACUGCAAGCUUUCACCUGUAAAACUCUUUAAUUGCCGCUUCUCUUCCUACUACUUCUGUCGAAUGCAGUUCUUAACCAGCACUCAACUAGCCAGAGAGCAGAUGAGGAAACUUGCUUCAGCCCCAGUGCGUGCGUUGCACCAGGCACCUGUCCGCAAGGAAUGGAAAGUCAGCGAUGGAUCAGACGGUUUCACAACUCGCAGCCCGGGAUCUCCCUUUUGCCAUCACCCCAGCCUGAGCGAGCGGAGCGGGCUCGCCUCUCCCUCCGCUCCGACGCCCGUCGAAGGGACGCGCGCCCCGUCCUGCCCGCCGCGCUCCCCUCCCCUCUCCCUCCAGUCCCCCUCCGCGGGGGCCGUAUCGGGCACGACCGCGGUGCGCAGCCCCUUUGCCACACCGCUGCAUGGCUGCGGUGGGGACGUGGCCGGAGCACUGCCGCAUCUUCAAAGCUGUAAGAGCCGCGAGGAGGGGAUGCUAACGCGUACCCUGGACACCACCUCUAGUGCGACAGGUGAGGCGAACGAAACGGUGUCCAAAUCCCAAACAGGAGAUGUGCCGGCUGGAGGGAAACCCCCGCCAAGGGAGAGCUGCCCCAGGAGACGCCGUGCCCGUGGUGUCCCCAGCCCCAGCACCGAGGGAGGAGCGGCGCGAGGUGCCCGCCGAGCACGGGCUGCCAGGACGGCUCUUUGGCAGCUCCACCAGCAGGUCCGCCUGCUCGGAGUUACACCGGUGGCCACCGGCCACUCAGAGGACAUGAGAGGUGGGGAGGCUGUGUGGAAACCCGGGUUAAAGCUCUCUUCUCUUCCUCCUUGCCCAGCUGCAUGA